ACUCGCAGCAGGGACGCGGUUUGAAAUCCGAUCCUAGUUAAUUUUUUUCCCUCUCUCCAGAGCCUGGUGCUCCGAACUGUUAGUGGGAGUCUGUCAGCCAAGCUUUCACACACAGCAACAAACGCCCCGCACCUCAUAACCGACCGAGCGGCGCAGCGAAGCAGUUGUUCUCGGACAGUGCAGCGGAGAAGAGCGGAGCGCUUCAUUAGAUGAUGAAAUUUAGUGUGAUUUUUAAUACAUUUGUGAACGCUUUUCAGCGGUCUAAGGACUGGACAGAGUUGGACAGUUCAAGGCUGUGUGGUGAAUACGGCUUUCUUCUCAAACCGUCGGCUGACUACACGCCUGUCAAAGAAAGAUUUCCUUGACGGAGCCCAACGCUUGGAUUUGUAAACUUAAGUUUAUUUUCUUUUCUAUUCCUUUUUUUUUUGUUGUUGUUGUUUUUUUUUAAUCUUCGUUUUUAUACGGAGUUGGCUCCUGAAUGUAAUUCACGAAACAUCUGGAGGGACCUCGCAACCAAUCCUUCUCAAAGAGUCAAUCAAAAUAGCCUACUUAAUUGUGACCUCGAAAAGGAUUACUUCCAAAAAAGGAAUCUUUGGUGUGGGACCAGCAUCGUUUUUUUGACAGGUGUGUGUGUGGCAGCGCUACAUUGACAGCAUGUGUGUAACGGUAGAGGAUGUCUGAUUCUGGUCUCUGUAGUGAGGACACUCGUCCCCGCGCCGCUCCGCCCGGGAUGGUCACGCUCUGUCUCCUCCUGUACCUUGCGGCACUUGUCUUCCCUCCGGUAUACAGUGCCCGUCUGUUGUCCCCAGAGCCCACAGACUGGGUGUCGAGUGAGGUGGAGGUAUUUCUGGAGGACUAUGUGGCAGGAGUCGGAGACACUGUGGAUCUCUCCUGUACUCCACAUGACUUCCUGGUCCCCAUCGUGUGGCAGAAAGAUGGCGACGCUGUGUCACCUAGCAACCGUACGCGGGUGGGGCAAAAAGUGCUCCGCAUCAUCAACGUCUCCUAUGAAGACUCGGGAGUGUACUCUUGUAGACACGCCCACAGCAGCAUGCUACUAAGCAACUACACCAUCAGAGUCACUGAUUCCUUGUCUUCUGGCGAUGAUGAGGAUUAUGAUGAAGAUUCGGACGAUGCAGGUAAUGGAAAUGAAGCUCCAUACUGGACCCGCUCUGACCGGAUGGAAAAGAAGCUGUUGGCUGUUCCUGCUGCAAAUACGGUGAAGUUCCGCUGUCCUGCUGCUGGCAACCCAACACCCACCAUCCACUGGCUGAAAAAUGGGAAAGAAUUCAAGGGAGAGCAGAGAAUGGGUGGGAUUAAAUUGAGACAUCAGCAGUGGAGUUUGGUAAUGGAGAGUGCUGUUCCAUCUGACCGAGGGAACUACACAUGUGUGGUGCAGAACAAAUACGGGACAAUCAAGCACACUUACCAGCUCGACGUGCUAGAACGCUCCCCUCACCGGCCCAUCCUACAGGCUGGACUCCCAGCCAAUCAGACGGUGGUGGUGGGCAGUGAUGUAGAGUUCCACUGUAAGGUGUACAGUGAUGCUCAGCCACACAUCCAGUGGCUCAAACACAUCGAGGUGAAUGGAAGCCAGCAUGGGCCCAAUGGCGCCCCCUAUGUCAACAUCCUUAAGACUGCGGGUAUAAAUACUACAGAUAAAGAGCUGGAGAUUCUCUACCUGACCAAUGUAUCUUUUGAGGAUGCGGGGCAAUACACUUGUCUAGCGGGGAACUCCAUUGGCUAUGCUCAUCACUCUGCCUGGCUUACAGUAUUACCAGCUGUGGAGAUGGAGAGAGAGGACGAUUAUGCUGACAUUCUCAUCUAUGUGACGGGCUGCGUGCUUUUCAUCCUCACGAUGGUCAUCAUUAUCCUGUGCCGUAUGCGGAUGAACACGCAGAAGACCCUCCCCACGCCGCCCGUGCAAAAACUGUCCAAAUUCCCCCUCAAGAGACAGCAGGUGUCCUUGGAAUCGAAUUCUUCCAUGAAUUCAAAUACCCCAUUGGUCAGGAUUGCCCGCCUGUCAUCCAGCGAUGGACCGAUGCUGCCCAAUGUUUCUGAGCUCGAACUGCCCUCUGACCCCAAGUGGGAGUUUCCUCGUACAAAACUAACACUGGGAAAACCGCUGGGAGAGGGCUGCUUUGGGCAGGUGGUGAUGGCUGAAGCCAUUGGGAUUGACAAAGAGAAACCCAAUAAACCUCUCACUGUUGCUGUCAAGAUGCUCAAAGAUGAUGGCACAGAUAAGGACCUGUCGGACCUUGUGUCUGAAAUGGAGAUGAUGAAGAUGAUCGGAAAACACAAGAACAUCAUCAACCUGCUGGGAGCAUGUACACAAGAUGGUCCUCUGUAUGUGUUAGUGGAAUAUGCUUCUAAAGGGAAUCUUAGGGAAUACUUGCGUGCAAGAAGGCCUCCUGGGAUGGACUACUCAUUUGACACCUGUAAGAUCCCAAACGAAACUCUGACUUUUAAAGACCUGGUGUCCUGUGCCUAUCAAGUCGCCAGGGGUAUGGAAUACCUAGCCUCAAAGAAGUGUAUCCAUAGAGACCUAGCGGCCCGGAAUGUUCUAGUUACUGAUGACAAUGUGAUGAAGAUCGCAGACUUUGGCCUGGCUAGAGACGUGCACAACAUUGACUACUAUAAGAAGACCACCAACGGUCGUCUACCCGUCAAAUGGAUGGCACCAGAGGCGCUGUUCGACCGUGUCUACACACACCAGAGCGAUGUGUGGUCUUACGGUGUGUUGUUGUGGGAGAUUUUCACACUGGGUGGCUCACCAUACCCAGGUAUCCCAGUAGAGGAGCUCUUUAAACUGCUGAAGGAGGGUCAUCGAAUGGACAAACCUGCCAACUGCACUCAUGAACUGUAUAUGAUUAUGCGAGAGUGUUGGCAUGCUGUUCCUUCCCAAAGGCCAACAUUCAGACAGCUGGUGGAGGAUCACGACAGAGUUCUUUCCAUGACUUCCACUGACGAGUAUCUGGACCUGUCAGUACCAUUCGAGCAGUACUCUCCUACCUGUCCAGACUCCAACAGCACCUGUUCUUCCGGAGACGACUCUGUGUUUGCUCACGACCCCUUACCUGACGAGCCCUGCCUUCCUAAACACCACCACAGCAAUGGGGUCAUACGAACAUAAGCACCCUAGAGAGGAGUGGUGGUUUAAGAGCCAUGGGGAUCUGCUUUGGAGGAAGACCUGGGACCUUUCUGAAAGUUUUACUGGACCAGUCUCCAUGUCUCUACAUCAGUGUGGAUCUCAUGAAACAAUGAACGAGCAGCUUCAGAGGUCCAACUGUUUGCAGGUCUGAAGGAUGGAUUGUGCUCCUCCUUUGGCUCCUCCUUUUCUUCCAAAUCAUUGUUCAGCUUUUUGUCUUCAAAAAGAGAAUUCCUAUUUUUGUAUUCAGCCAGUUUCAUUUUUCCUUUGUGAUAGUCUGAAGGGUCAAACCAUUCCGUGCCUACCAAAAACAAACAACAGAGACAAAUUGUUGGAAAGGAAACAAAAAGAAUGGAUAAACACUGUGUUGCUGUGUUACAGCACAGUUCUAAAGUGGCAGUGACAGUUUCGACCUGUCAUAGGUGUAAAUUCUCUUCAUGUUUAAAGAGAAAGUAUUUUUACAGCAAUAUCUGACUGGAGUGAAAAUUAAACCCAUGGCCAGUCUCUUCUCUCCACUCCGUUAUUUUCUCACAAAUAACUUUUUUCAUCCUUUUUUAAUGAGAAAGAUUAGAAAAGAGAGAAGGGUCUCCUAGAUGUGAGAUCUGAUUAGAAUAUAACUGUGUGCUUUGUAUGUAUCUUUAAAAGGUUUUUAUUGUAAAUAUACAGAUAUAAAUAUGUAUCAUAUUGCAGUAAGUAGCAGUGUACUUAAAAAAAAAUCAUGAAAUAAUCUACGAACAAUGCAUUGCAUGUGGGCAUACACUGUUGAGAUCAUGUAAACAUUCUAUCUUAAAACAAGCAAAACAAAAGCUGUAUUUGAAUUUACAUGUAUAUUUGUAAAGCUAUUUAUAGACUAAAGGUUUUUAAGAGGUCUAAAAUUAUAGUCUGGGUUUUGGUACUGUAAACAAAGGAUUUUUCUUCUUGAGAUUUAAAUUUCUUAACUUAUUUACCACAGAAGUGCAAGAUUUUUUUUUUUUUUUUUCAACUGGUGGGUUGUACUUAAUUUUUGCUCUUUUUCUUCUUCCAUCUCUUUGUUUACAGAGACAAGAAUGUAUGAAAAAUGAAUUGGCAAUAUCAGCAGAGUAAAUCGAUGAAAAAGAACAUGAAAUAAGUAUGCCAAAUGUCGCUUUGCCCAGUAUUACAUUUCAUUAUUAAAAGGCCACAAGUGCAUCUCCUCUUGAGGACAAAAUGUACUACUUUUCACAAAUUUCUGUAUAUUGAUAAAACAAUUUUAAUUAUCCACAUUUGGGCUUCCAUGCAUGCAAUUUCUAGAGACAUCAACAGCUCACCAUAGUUUUAGAAAAGUACUGGUCUUCUCUGAGGUACGGUGCUGUGGUCCUUUUAAUCUAACUCUAUAUGAAGGAAUGCUACGAGGUAAAACCUACAAUGGCAUAAACUGUAAUAGUAAUAGAUAUAUGGUGAAACCAUAUUAUGAAAGUUUGUUGUAAGGAUGCUCUUAUUUGCUCUUUUGCUAAAUGAAAAUGUAUAAUGUUAACAUUUUUGAGGUAAUCCUCUGGGUCGGUAUGAUUGCAAAGUGCCAAAAUCUUAAACUUCCUCUAUGCUGUUGGAGUUUUAUGUUAAUGAGUACAGAACCUUUAUAGUUAUUCAAUUCUAUCGUGCAUGCUUGUCAGAUGAGUGUCUCUGGCCCCAUCGAAUCUAAGCAAAAGCAUUGUGGGAUAGCUUGGUCAUGUCUCAGAGUGUCCUUGGACAAUUGCAUUCAAGCAGAAAGCUGGCAAAAACAUAUAAUGGGAAUGAAAAAAGAGGAGACAGUAGGAUGAUUCGCUUGAUGCUAAAAUACGACAACUGUAGAUUUGAUACGAGAUGACUGUAAAGAGUGGAGAGGUCUCUCCCUCCUUCUGCAAACCAUUUAAUUUUUGUACUUGCUAAGUGCCUGCGAGGGAGUUGAGUGGCUGAAUAUUGUGACAUAUGGUCUGAAUGUACAGCCACAUUAAUAAAAGAUAUAAGCAGGGUCUUUCUAAAAAAAAUUAUAAACAAAUGAUUUGCUAGGCACUUUGUUACCUUAAAGGGACAGUUCACCCUAAAAUAACAAUUGUUAUCAUUUACUCACCCUCAUAUUGUUCCAAACCCAGACUUCUUACUUUCUUCGGUGAAAUACAAUAAGAGAUGUUAGGCAGAAGAUUAGCCUCAGUUCCCAUUUACUUUCAUUGCAUCGUUUUUCCAUACAAUGAUGGUGGAUGGUGACCGAGUCAAGCCAAAUCAGUUUGAAAAGAUCUGUGGGAGAAUAAAUGAUUACAUAAUUUUCAUUUUUGGUUGAAUGAACUCUUUCAUUCUCAGAUUGGAUUUUCAUACAUCUUCUUCCAGCUGUGGGACAUCAUGUUCUGGAUACAGUGUUUUGAGUAUUUUGCUGUUUGUCCCUUAUGUGUGUAUGAAAUUAUUUGUUUACUGUUUGAUGUGGGACAGCAGGGCAAGUGUUCAGUCUUGGCUUACUCUUUUGUACAACCUAUAACCUCUGGCUCACCUCUGUUUGCCCUUGUGUCCUCUGCUCUACUACUGAUCGCUCUCUUGUAUUGUUUCAAACAUAUCAAAACAAUGUUGCUGGUCCUUUUCCCUCAAUGAAAAAUCUACAUUAUUUAUUUCUUUGUAUUUAUGUUUUAUUUUAUUAGUUUUUUGUCUUUAUCCUUAAAACAUCAGUUUAUUUUAAUGACCUUAGUGUUUAUUUUAUUCAAAAGGACGGCAUUCCUUGAUGCUUUUGUGUUUUAGGAUGGAGGUAGAGCCAUGAUGCGUUAAGGGGUUGAAGAAGGUUUUCUUUAAUGUUUACAUGAACUUCCAUACAGUUUUCAAGGACGAUGUUUUUCCCAGCACUUUUAAAGUGGCUGGAUGAUUAGCAAUACUGGUGUGAUGUCAACACUUUCAUUCAUUUUAAACUCAUUUGUUCUUUUCUUCUUAAGCUCUAUUUGAUAGUGCCAUUCAGCUCUUAUUAGAAUUAAAAUAUUACAUUAAUUUAUAGAUUUAAAUUUGCAAAUUUAAAUUGUUUUAUGUUGAGUAGAUUUAUCUAGAUGUGUUUUUUUUUUUAAUAGGGAUGAAAGCUUCUUUACAGUAUUUUCUUACAAAUGGAUUGCAUUGCAUUCCAGGUAGAUUUAUAUUUCUUUAUGCAGUGAGGUAAUUUGUUUGCAGAAUUAAAAUACCCAAGUCAUUCAACCUACAUCUGCAUCAAUCUGUGUUUAACAAAAGAAUGGAAUAGUUGACUAACAGUUUUUUUAUGUUUUUUUUUUUUCUUUUCCAUAUUUCUGUAUCUCUGUAACAUUCCAUUUAUUUCAGUUGUGCCCCAUACCAGCAUUUGAACCUCUUUACACUCUAUCAGUCUGUGCCUGACGGAAUUAUGCUGUCAAUCAAAAUGUUUGCAAUAAACAUAACAAAACGAGAAGCCGCUUGUCACGUUCUCA